GAGACCCAAAGACCAUGGAUUAGAACGAUCUACGGGAGCGUCAAGGAGGUUGUAACCCCGUAUGUUGUGGGAGGUGUUACGUUUGCCGCACAGCCACCUGCGACGGCGGAUGGUUUGGAGCCAUGGAUUUCGAUCAAGAACGAUGGGUUGCCGAAGACGAUCACUCCUAAAAUGAAGAAUAACGUCAUUGAAAACAGCUUCCCUGCUGUGAGAACCUUUUUCCAGACAGCUACCACGGUUGUGCAUCACCAGAAUGAAAUACAGGCACAUAACUUGGCCGACGGUGAAACAGUGGAAGAGGUGAUUAUGAUCGAUGAGGACGACACUUACGCAAAGCUCAGUCCGAUCCAGAGAUGUACGCCAGAUUACUAUUACAAGAAAGGUAUUGCUAAUAUGGAUUCCUCCGAGCCGUUCUGCUCUCCAAGAGACCACCAGAAGAUGAGAGCAGGCGCAACUUAUUUCAUCACGUGGUACUCUCGUUUCUUCAAGAAGGCAAAGAAUGUCAGAUUCCAUUAUGCUUUUGUGAACGAAAAAUCGCACGACAAGGGCUUUGACAAAAGAGAUUUGAUGGAUUCGGCCGUCAAGAAGGUCGAAGCUGAAAUCGAGGAGCUUUCUGGUAACGUUGACUUUUCAGGUGAUGUCCAUGGUGCGUUCUUUUCUUCCGAUUGGGUCCAUAACGACAACGGCUGGUUUGCUGUGGAGGUGGACAAAAAGUGGCUCCGGGGAAAAGUCUACAAGAAGGUAGUCAUUGCAAUGCAACCAGACAAUGUCGCCGAUGAGGAUUUUUCCAUCUUGAACGCCCCACACAUAUUUGCUACUUUCCAGUUAAGAGAGAGCAUAGGAAAAAACACUAAGGAGAUGCGUAAAAUACAAGACAAGGCAGGUACUGGCGAUGACGUCUACUAUGUCAUUGCAUCAAUUCCAACUGUGGUGAUGAUUUCUGUUUUGUUCAUGUACGGUUUUCUAUACAUAAACCGUAGGCAUAGAGAUUUGUCAAAGGUCAAGAAACCAAAGAGAAGCAGG